AUGAAUGGAAAGCUGGGUUAUUCAUAUACAAAAAAAAAACUUAACACAAGCCUUAGUGAAGAUUGCGGCUUCUCAACAUCUCUAGCCAACUUGCACAGCCAACCUGCCCCUAAGUUUGAGUCAUCCAUUGUGGUCAAGAAUUUAGAUUCAAGAUCUCAGCAAAGUUUAGGAGAAGAUGGAGAUUUUUAUCCAAAGUUCGUUCCACAAGGAAUGAAGACAUUUUCUGCCAUUUCAAAGGCCAGAAUCUUCUCUGCUUCGCACAAACUUUCCGGGCCAGAUGAUUCAGAAAAAGUAAGACAACAACAGAAAGAGGUAUAUCAUCAACAAAAGGGAGGUACCAGUCAUUGGAUGCCCGUCGAAUCUGAAACGCAUAUAGAGCCACCUCGGAAUUGCAAUGUCAGUCUGCAAGGAUGCUAUUCGGAGCCAUUUAUUUCUCAACCAGUGAAUCAUGCUGAACUAGACAAUGAUAAGCAAUUUCUUCGCAGCAUAUCCCAGGUAAUAGAAUGUAGUUAUAAUUCAGUUGCGAGUAAAAAUACUAAGCAAAAGGAUCAUUCGGUAUCGUUCAAACUUCAAUGUAAACUUGAAGAAGCUGAAGAAGUUUCAACCUCAAACGCAAGGGGCGAGCAAGAGCCCAACACUGUCUAUCCAUUAGACUGUCCUGAUGACACAAUUCUAAGUAAGUUAGGCUAA